ACCGUCGUUAGUUUAGUUGAUCUUGAAUUCGCGGUUUGUACGGUCGGUUGCGCAGAAGACCCACAUAUUUGUGCAUAGGUAAUACUCGCACACUGAAUGACCGUUAGAUAUCUAAAAGGAAACGCGUAUGAAUGUUUAGAAUUUGGGCUGUGUUAUUUUCAAAUUUAGAAUUGGAAGUGACUGAAUUCGGACGUGAAGGACAUUCCAUUGCGACAACAACCACAGCAGUGCAAAUAAAACGACAUUAAGUGUGAAUUGUUUGUGAAAAUAAUAAGUAAUUAAGACAGUGUAUAACUGUAAACCAGUUGAUGAGUUUUCAUAAUCUGGUCACAUACACAGUGAAGAGCAUGCCUGGGUCAAGACGACUAAUGUACAUAUAUCCGCUGGUGCUAUGCAUCCUUGUAAGUGCCGCCAGCGCAGCAGACAUAAAUCCACGACAAACCGAAGAAGCUGCACCGAACGAUCGUUUGGACUGGUCGGUUGAUAACUACGGUGAUGUUGAGCUUAUGGAAAAAGCAUUGAGUCCUUAUUGGAAGGACGAGACUGCAGUGAUGACACCUAGCGAGCGACAGUUAUUCCUCGCUGGCCUUAUAAAAGUCGAGGGCGUACAGUGCAGAGACGACCUGAACAGUACGCUUUGGGGUAUUUUGAGUGGCCAACGAUGGGCUAUUGCAAUAUAUGGAGCAAUGGCCAAAUCUGCGGUCGGUAUCAAUAGUGGCGUUUUGCACCAGUUCGGACAUUUCGAUGAAUGCUUAGACCAACAACAAUUCCUUACGCAUCCGAACGAAGACGACCCAACUGAGCUUAUAGUGCGUUCCCAAUACUGUCUGGUAGACAUACAAAUGGAUGGAUUCACAAUGCAAACUGUGGCCAGCCGGCAAAAAGAGGCUCUCAAUCGUAACGGCGAUGCAACUGUUGCGGCCGUUUGGGGCGCAUGCUUGCCCGCGUCUUGCCGAUCCAGCGACAUCGCGAUAUUUAUGCAAAACUACCUGCAACGCCCCGUGAUAAGUGCCAACGAGACGGCUUGCCAGCUGAGCAGCCUUGGAGCAGCCACCGAGCUGUAUGUCGAUGGCGGAAUGUUUGCUUAUGCUCUUGUGCUAUUUAUAUUUAUUUUGCUGGCCACGCUGAGCACUGCCUACCAUGUCUUCUUGAUUUACGCGUGUAGAAGCGCCGACGAUGUGUCGAAGCGCGCCUUGCAACAACGAACAUUGACAAUCGCAUUGCUCUCGUUUUCUGUCAUAGAGAACACAAAGAAACUGUUUCAGGCGGGCAAAGAUCAGAUGGGCCUCAAUUCGAUUAACGGUAUCAAAGCCAUUGCAAUGCUGAUGAUACUAGCGGGGCAUGCGCUAUCUUUCAUCUACGGCAGCCCCUCAUACAAUGAGGCAUUUGUGGCGGAGCAAACGAAAUACCCUGCGUUUGCAUUCCUCUACAACUCGCUGCUGUUUGUGGACACAUUUCUGCUGCUGAGCGGUUUCCUGUUCUGCCGCAUACUGCUGAUCGAGCUCGAGCGUCGUCGCGGUCACAUAAAUCCGUUGAUUUUGUACGCUGGCCGCUAUAUUCGCCUGACACCAGCCUACAUGGCAAUAAUUGGCUUCUACAUGACCUGGUUCCCGAGUAUUGGCAGUGGACCUCUAUGGCGGGAACGCAUUGUACGCGAGCAGGAGCGCUGUCAAGCAUCAUGGUGGCUCAACAUUCUCUAUGUCAAUAAUUAUUUCCACACAGAUAAAUUCUGCAUGUUCCAGUCGUGGUACUUGUCCGUGGAUACGCAAUUAUUCUUCAUCGCGCCGAUCUUCAUCUAUUUGCUCUACAAGAUGCGUAAAUGCGGUAUACACAUGCUGAUAGCCGCUGUCAUAUGCACCAGUCUCAUACCAUUUGUGAUGACAUUUCUGCGACAUUUGGAUCCCACUUUACUGGUCUAUGCGGACGAAUUGGUUGACUUAGCCAGCAAUAAUUAUUACAUUGGCUAUUACAUAAAAACUCACAUGCGAGCCUCGGCCUACUUUGUCGGUUUGCUGACUGGUUACUUAGUUCACGUCAUGCAGGAGAAGGGUAAGAAGCUGCACAGUGUGCUGGUACGAGUUGUCUGGUUAAUUUCCAUUUUAAUCGGCAUCGCGACGAUGUUCUGCAUAUGUCGUUUCUACCGAAGUCCAUAUACUCACAUUGAGAGUAUCCUCUACGCAGCCUUACAUAAGUUAGGCUGGAAUCUGUCAGUGGCUUGGUUGGUAAUGGCCGUUACAACGGGUCAUGCCGGUUGGUUGCAAAGCUUCUUGAGUAGCCGCAUUUUUGCGCCUAUCAGUCGGCUCACCUACUGCGCUUAUCUGUCGAACGGCAUAGUGGAGUUGUAUCAUUCAUCUACCAUCCGUUAUGGUAGAUAUCAGUCUUAUGUGAAUUUGGAAAACGAUAUGAUUAGUCACACGGUGGACACAUUCAUUUUGGCUUUUGUGCUUUGCGUGCUCUUUGAAUCGCCCCUUCACGCUCUGGAACGGAUAUUGUUACGUAAGGUGGGCCGCCCUGAGAAACGAGCGCCAUCAAUGGAGAACCAAAGUCCCAGCACCUCGGAGGAGCAGGUGGCGUAGUUUAAUACUCAAAAUACCAAAAUCAAUGAUUUUAUUUUUAAAUUGUUCGUAAUUAGUAUAUGUAAUUUGUAAUUAGAUGCCUGUGUAUAUAUAUAUAUAAUUUUUUUUGUUUUUUAAAAUAAUUUUUAAUGUGAUUAUUCACGUAUUCUUUAAGCUAGAUCUGUACAUAUGUACGUACUAGUAACAUACAUAGCUUAUAUAUAUACACAUACUCGUAUACAUACAAGGGUGUAAGAAUUUAUAGUGCAAUUUUUUAUAUAUUUAAUAAUAUUUAAUUUUAAAUAUUAUUGAAACUUGCCGCAUUACAUGACAUUACAAUACUUCCGUUGGUCAUUAAGAAGUACAGUAGGGAUGAAUGGUGUAUAAUAUUCAGCAGAAAUAUUGUUUUUUAAUAACGUAACGUUAAGUUUACAUAAAGGAAAAACUCUUCCGUUGAAGAGGUUUUGAUAUAUGAAAAUGUCUAUUUCAAAAUAUGUGAUUAAUAUGUAUACAAUUAUAAGUAAAUAUAAUCAUAUAUAAAUAAAUAUAUUUAUAACAAUU